AUGGCCACUGCAUAUCAAGUUUUAAAGGGAAUCGUCGUUACUGUCGUUUCUUUGGCGGUUUGGUUCUUUAUCUCGACGCAUUUAAAAUUCGAGAUUGAUGUUGUAACGGAGUUGCCUGAUAAAAGUCUCAGCAUUAGUGAGAUUGAGUAUUUGAGGAAAGAACUAAGAAUUCAAACAGAAAACGUCCAGCGACUCGCAAACGGCCAAAGCACUAGUGUUCAAACUGCCCAAUAUCAGAUGCUAGAAAAGCGUUUGUCAGAAGCAUCGAAGCGCCAUUCAGAAACAAAAACGAAACUUACCAAAGUCGAAAAAUCUCUUCAGAAGACGAAAACUUUGGCAAUCGACACACUCGCGGCUUUUGAUGAGUUUUUGGGAACUGAGAAACCGGAUAAAUUCGUCGAAACUUAUGGCGUUGGCGAGUUUGUCAAGUCCAUCAAAUUCGUCUUCAACGAGCUCAGAAAGCACCUGAAGAAUUCGUCUGGAACUAACUUGCUGGUUUCUGACUCGCGUCUUCGAUACAGUGAGGCUCAAGCAAGCUGCAGAGAUAUUGGUGCUCAAUUAGUGACGAUACUGGAUGAAGAGAAAAUGCAAAUUGUUUUAGAUGCCGCUCAACAAGAAAAAUAUGCGUGGGAUACUGGCGAGGAUCUACAGUACUCAUCCUGGGGCGAUGGCCAACCAAACUGGCGAGAUCCUUACGGAAAAGACGGCGAAGAAGAGUGCGUGAUCAUGUGGUCAGAUGGAACUUGGCAUGACUACAAUUGCCGAGUCCGUGCCUAUUUCGUCUGCGAAAUUCCGAUUCACGAGGAAGGCGAUAUUCUCCAAGCUUCGAAAGUUGCUUUUGACGAGAAAAACAAGCAAAUUAUCGACAAGAGCAUUGAUCAACCCAAAUCUCCGGAAGGACCGAAAACUUGGAAAGCGAAACAUCCUAACACGAUUUCUGAGCAACAAGAAAUGGCUAAACAAAAAGGCUCGACGGUAAAAUCCUUCGAGAAACCUCAAAAAUCACAAGCUGGAAGAAUUGAUACCAAGGCAGUUUACGAUGAUAGUCAGAACAAGAAGAAACUGACCGACCCUAAUUACAGAGAUGCUCUUAUUGCGGAAGUAGAAAAGCAACGAAAAGAGCGGGAAGAGUUGAAUGAUAAGAAACAAGUUCAAAAGAAGACUGAAAGGGAAAUGAUAAUUGAAGAUAUUCUCAACUUAGCCGGGAUUAAAAAAGGCAGCUCUAGUGAAAAAAAAAUGAUGGAGGAACUGAAAUUGAUGGACGAUGAAGAGCUAGAAGAAUAUCUCGAGGAUUAUGACGACUAUGACUACGACGAUUACGACUACGAUGAUUACGAAGACGAAGACUAUGAAGACUAUGAAGAUGAAAACUAUCAAUCCGAGCCAUAA